AUGACGGGGGAGUGGAAUAGGUGUGUUUCACUUGAAGAGCUGCCCCUCCAUUUGAUCAUGGAGAUACUUUGCUCUGGCCGGUUGGGUGCCGCCGAUCUUGCUUGCUUGGAGACUUCAUGCCGAAUGUUCCGAGGAAGCCACGAGAUAUUCCCUAAGAAGUUCCGCUCCGUGGUUGAGUUCGUUGCAUUCACUCUCUGUGGGGAUCAACCGGUGUUCGCUUCUCUUCCUCCUAAUUCCAGAAGAGACCUUCUUGACCGCUGUGACGGGAACUGGAAGAAGGUUCUGAGGUUCUUACAGUCAUUGGAGCAAUCUUCCGGCACUGUGGCGACAUCAUCAGGCAAUGUAGAAUCUGACACCCUUGCUUGUGAAUUAUCUCCUUUUGACUACCAACAAUUUGGUGAUAUCCGCUAACUAAUGCCAUUAUCUUUACACAAUUUGGGGCUUUUCUAAGAAAUUGAUCUGUUUCUAUCAUCCAGAAAAUCAUUUCUGAAUGUGAAUUUCUCCAUUGAGAUGCCAUUUCCUUGAAAAUUUCUGUUUUCUCUUUAAGAGUUUAUUAAUAUGACGUCUGUGGAUUCCAAUAGAAUGAGAGCUUUUCUGAUGACCUCCGUGUAGUGGUUCCACAUGUUUUUCUUUUCCUUUUUUGGAGCUAGUGUAGAAUUUUAAUCAUUUUUUAGUCGAGAUCCUGUUAUACUUAUCCUCAGGAACUCAUUCUGAAAUUUGAUCCCAACCCUUUAAGAUUCUACGGCCAUGGAGGAUGAUACUUAAGGUUACAUAUUUCUCUGGUAUUCAUGUUUGCAGAUGCAGGUCACUACAGGGCGGCACCAUACACUGUUGGUCCACGACUCAUCUGUUUACUCUUGUGGCUCCAGUUUAUGCGGAGUCCUUGGGCAUGGUCAAGAUACAACACAGUGCGUAACAUUUACCCGGAUCAACUUCCCAUCCUUUUCACAUGUCAUCCAUGUCUCAGCAUCUCACAACCACGCAGCCUUCGUUAUGCAAUCUGGGGAGGUUCGUGACGUUUGGACAAAUUAGUUUGCGUCAUUUAUUUGGAUGAAUUAGUCAGCAUAUCUAUCUAUCCAAGCUCUGCUGAGAAGUGAUUAUUUUCUCAUUAGGUUUUCACCUGUGGGGACAACUCGUCCUUUUGUUGCGGCCAUGGAGAAGUUGGCCGCGCCAUAUUCAGACCCACACGCAUCGAGGCAAUGAAGGGGAUGCCCUGUGUGCAGGUACAAUAAAUUUGGGCACCCACUCUUAUUUUUGAGCGUCCACCGGUCAAACAUGUGCUCUCUUUCAAUUAUUUAUCAAAGCCUUGUGCUUUCUCACUUGCAUGCUUUUAAUAGUCGCCUCUCCAUUUUCAACCAAAAUGGCUAAAGGUCAACGCCCUGAUCUCAACCCUUUUCUCAUCCUCAUGGGGACUUGCUGGUUCUGUCAAAAUUCUGGAUCCGGAUAUUUGUUAGUCUUCCUUACUGUUACGCCCUCAUCAUAUGCAUGUCUCAAAAAAAUAAAUUAUAUAUAUAUUUCUCUUCCACCCUGAAGAAAAGAAAAAAUCAAUUUCCCUUCCCAAGUUUUUUUCACGAUCAGGAAUUUGCUGCCUCAUUUUUCUCAGGCUGCCACAGGUCUCAGCUUCACCGUGCUUCUGACGAAGGACGGGCACGUGUACACGUGCGGGACGAACACCCACGGUCAGCUCGGCCAUGGCGACAACCUGGACAGGCCCACGCCUAAGAAGGUCGAAGCAUUCGAGGGCCUCGGCCGCGUCACCCAGAUAGCGGCCGGCUCCAGCUACACCCUCUCCGUGGCCGACGAUGGAACCGUAUUCUCCUUCGGCUCCUGCUCCAACUUCUGCCUCGCCCAUGGCGACCAGCACGACGAGCUCCUACCCCGCGCCGUCCAGCCCUUCCGCCGCAAGGGCGUCCACAUCGUCCGCGUCUCUGCGGCCGACGAGCACGCCGUGGCGCUCGAUUCCAUCGGCCAGGUCAGCCCUCCUUCCCUCCUCCUUCCUCCUCCCUUUCUAUUUCUUCCUUUCUACGGUGGAGGUGACGGGGAGAGUUUUCAGGUGUACACAUGGGGUAGGGGCUACUGCGGGGCUCUGGGGCACGGGGACGAGAACGACAAGACCUUGCCGGAGCUGCUGAGCGGGCUGAGGAGCCGCAUCGCGGUGCAGGUCUGCGCGAGGAAGAGGAAGACCUUCGUGGUGGCGGACGACGGCUCGGCCUUUGCCUUCGGGUGGAUGGGCUUCGGCAGCUUGGGCUUCGCUGCCGGCGAGAGGGGCGGCGCCGCCGCAGGUUCCUCCGACAAGGUGUUGAGGCCCCGGCGGCUGGAUUGCUUAGCCCCCCACUGCGUGGCUCAGAUCAGCACGGGCCUGUACCACACCCUCGCCGUCACCACCCGGGGCUCUAUCUUCGGCUUCGGCGACAAUGAGCGGGCCCAGCUCGGCCUCGAGCGCAUGCGGGGAUCCCUCCUCCCCACCGAGAUCCCCCUUCACACACAAGAUACUACUUGA